UGCUUUAACUUUUCCUACUAGAAGAUGAUGAGAUAAUGAUGUAAACCCAACUUCAACAACAUAUGCUAAAAUCCCCAAACCGGAGAGAGAGAGAGAGAGAGAGAGAGAGAGAGAGAGAGAAUCACCUCUUUUAUCUCACAUUCCGAUCAUUGAUUCCAGCUGGGUUUUCGGUAAAACCAACUGGGUUUCACCUGUUCCCUUUUGAUGAUGAGUUUAUUUCCAAGAUAAAAAAAGUAUUGAACUUGAUUCUUCCUUCCUGCUCAAUUUCAAGAAGAAAAAAAAGAUUCUUCUUUCUGCCCAACAGAGCUGUGUGAGCAAGCAAAAACUUGGAAUAGGGAAUAAACCCAUUUCUUUUUCCUGUCACAUUAAUGGUUCCACCACAGGUUGCUAAAAUAGCAACUGGGUGUGAACCAGUUUGUUCGGCGUGAUGUGCUUUCGUCUGUGUCCUCUAAAAGGGGUUUGGCAGAAAACAAAGAAAUUGAAGAGGUACCUCAUAUAUGGUGAGUAGUCGAAGCUUAAUAUGCCAAGGAUUUAACUGGAUUUCUCUCAGUUUCUUCAUUUUUCUUCUAUUUUUCCAUCGGGUUAGCUGAAGGUCUGUGUUUGGCUAGUCUCUGAGCUUUGUGGGUUUGAUUUUCUUGUAUUUGGGGACUGGGUUUAGGCUUAAAUCCUCAUAGUGGGUAUCCCUUAGGCGUAAAGCUGAUGACUUUUUCUGCUCUAUCCGGGGUUUCUCUCAACCUUUCCAGGCUCUUGUUGAGGACAUGUAGGUGGAUUCUGGUUAAGAUGUCUUUGAGUUGCAAGCACUGUGGCUCUAAUGGUAAAUUCUCAAGCAGUCCUAAGCUGAAGAAGGCAAAGGAGCCUUUGCAUGAGUCUAAUAGAGUCUGGAAGUGGGGAACAGUGCUUCUGUUUGUAUGGCUUUUGGGUGCUGCUGGUAUUGGGUCUAUUUGGUUUUUCUCUGGUUUGAAUGAUGGGAGUCCAAAGGAUGAGGCGCUAAGUUUGUCUCAAGACAAAGAUGAUAGGGUUUUUCCAGAAUAUUUAAAUGUCAGCAAGGAACAAUUUCAUGAUUUGGAUUCUUUGUUCUGUGGAUCAGAUCAGAUCAUGCCCUUGCAACAUACGAAUAAUGUUCAUUAUGAAAUGUUGCCUAGUGAUGUAGCCUGUGCUAUGGAGGUUUUGCGUUCAGAGAAGCAGGAAUUUGGAAGCCAUCAUGGCAUGAUUGCCGAAGAUAUAGAAUUCCAGAAUCAAUGCCCUGCUCGAGAAGAGGAUGUCCCCGGUACACCUGGCCUGUACUUGCCGGAGGAUAAGUCCCUAUCCUCUGCCUCAUGUUCUAUUUCUACAACUGCAUCCGGUGAUCGGAAUUGUGAAAAGUAUGUAUUGCAGAGAAGGGCUUUUGGAGCUAUGGUAGUAGAGCAAUGCCAAAGCUUAUCUUUCUGUUUGGUGAAAGCUUGUUGUUGGGUUGUUUUGGGGGUAGUACUUAGCUGCCUUAUGCCUUGCUUAUGCAAAAAAUUUCUGGGAUAUGAGAAAUGGAAGCUUUUUCAACAGCAGCUGUCGCCACAGCAGAGACAACAACAGCAAGUCUGGAGUUCUUCAAAAAGUAGCCGGAAUUGGAGGUUAAAUGUCCUUAUCGGGGGGGUUGUAACAGGGUUGGUUAUCUCUGGUUGUUUAUUUUGGUAUAUAAGGAAGGGUGAUGUUUCCAAAAGGGAAGAGACUCUUUCCAACAUGUGUGAUGAAAGGGCAAGGAUGCUGCAGGAUCAGUUCAACGUAAGCAUGAAUCAUGUGCAUGCCUUGGCAAUCUUGGUCUCCGCAUUUCACCACGGGAAAGAACCUUCUGCUAUUGACCAGAAAACCUUUGGGGAAUACACUGAAAGAACAGCUUUUGAGAGGCCACUUACGAGUGGAGUUGCCUAUGCCUUGAGAGUUCUUCACACGGAGAGGGAAGAAUUUGAGGAGGAGCAUGGAUGGACAAUAAAAAAAAUGGAAACUGAAGAUCAAAGUUUGAUCCAAGAUUGUGACCCCCAAAACUUGGAUCCUUCACCCCCUCAAGAUGAAUAUGCACCGGUUAUUUUUGCUCAAGAAACUGUCUCCCAUAUCGUAUCUAUUGAUAUGAUGUCUGGAAAGGAAGAUCGAGAGAACAUCUUGCGAGCUAGGGCAUCUGGAAAGGGAGUCCUCACAACACCGUUUAACUUAUUGAAAUCAAAUCACCUUGGGGUUGUACUAACUUUUGCUGUGUAUAGCACUCAUCUCCCACAGGAUGCUAAACCAGAGCAACGUAUUAAUGCUACUGUCGGGUAUCUAGGUGCAUCUUAUGAUGUCCCAUCUCUGGUGGAGAAGCUGUUACAGCAGCUUGCAAGUAAACAAACUAUUGUUGUGCAUGUUUACGACACAACCAAUAAAAAUGAACCCAUCAAAAUGUACGGUCCUGAUGAUGUCAUCGAUACCGGUCUACUGCAUAUUAGCAGCCUUGAUUUUGGUGAUCCAGCACGGAAACAUGAGAUGCACUGCAGGUUCAAGCAAAAACCCUCUCCACAUUGGAUUGCAAUAAUGGCAUCAGGGGGAACUCUUGUCAUCACUUUCCUUCUGGGUCAUAUAUUUAAUGCUGCAAGACUCCGAAUUGCAACGGUGGAGCGUGACUAUCAGAACAUGAUGGUGCUCAAAUACCGUGCUGAAGCUGCAGAUGUUGCAAAAUCUCAGUUUCUUGCGACUGUUUCUCAUGAGAUCAGGACCCCCAUGAAUGGCGUUUUAGGUAUGCUGCAAAUGCUAAUGGACACAGGUCUUGAUGCAAACCAACUGGAUUAUGCCCAAACUGCUCUUGUUAGUGGGCAAGAUUUAAUAUCUUUGAUUAAUGAGGUUCUCGACCAAGCUAAGAUAGAAUCCGGAAGGCUCGAGCUCGAGGCCGUACCUUUCGAUCUGCGUGCUGUUCUUGAUAAUGUUUUGUCACUUUUCUCAGGCAAAUCUUUUAAGAAAGGGAUAGAGUUGGCAGUUUACGUCUCCGAUCAAAUUCCUGCUGUUGUUGUUGGAGAUCCUGGACGGUUUCGGCAGAUAAUUACUAAUCUCGUUGGAAAUUCAAUUAAGUUCACGAAUGACAAAGGGCAUAUUUUUGUCUCAGUACAUCUUGCAGAGGAAGUGAGACAACCAUUUGAGUCUAGGGAUGGAGUGCUGAAACAUAGCUUGACCUUGGUACCCAACUCGUCAAAGAACUCUUAUAAUACAUUGAGUGGGUUCCCUGUGGUUGACAGGUGGAAGAGUUGGAAGAAUUUCAGAAAUUUUAGUAGUGGCACAGAGUUGCCGGAGGAAUAUGAAAACGUCAAAUUGUUAGUGACGGUUGAAGAUACUGGCGUGGGAAUCCGAAGAGAUGCACAAAGUCGUAUUUUCAUGCCAUUUAUGCAGGCUGAUAGUUCCACUUCACGAACUUAUGGUGGCACUGGAAUUGGGUUGAGCAUUAGCAAGCGAUUGGUGGACCUUAUGGGUGGAGAGAUAGGGUUUGUGAGCGAACCCGGUACUGGCAGUACUUUUUCUUUUACGGUGGUUUUGAGAAAAGGAGAAACAAGUAGUUUGGAUUCAAAGCAGCAGUAUUAUGACCCUGCUGUUUCAGACUUCAGGGGGCUUAGGGCAUUGGUGGUUGAUGAUAAAAGCAUCCGAGCUGAGGUCACCAGAUAUCAUCUUCAGAGACUGGGAAUUAUUGUCGAUCAUAUAGCUUUCAGUAUGGAAUCUGCUUGUGCUUAUCUUUCUAGAAGUGACUCAAACUCAAGUGAAUCAUCACAUUUUUCAAUGGUUCUUGUCGAGAAAGAUGUUUGGAGAGCAGAUUCAAGUCAUCCAUUCCACCGUCUGCUCAAAGAGCUUAGGCAAAACAGCAGAACACAAGUCCCAGAAACCCUGCCCAAGAUAUUUCUAUUGGCAACCUCCAUACCUCCUACUGAGCGCAAUGAGCUAAAAUCAGCUUGUUUAGUGGAUAACGUGCUAAUUAAGCCUCUUCGAUUAAGCGUGCUAAUCUUUUGCUUCCAAGAAGUGCCAACUAUCGGCAAGAAGAGGCAAGCAAGUGGAGGAAAACCCCCCGUUCUCGGAGUCCUUUUAAGAAACAAGCGCAUCUUGGUGGUAGAUGACAAUCUUGUUAACAGAAGAGUGGCAGAAGGUGCUCUAAAGAAGUAUGGAGCGAUUGUUACCUGUUUAGAAAGUGGAAAGGCUGCUUUAGAGAUACUCAAGCCCCCUCACAACUUUGAUGCUUGCUUCAUGGAUCUCCAAAUGCCAGAAAUGGAUGGCUUUGAUGCCACGCGGCGAAUACGUAAUCUUGAGCGCAAGUUUAAUGAGAGAAUUGAGUCUGGCGAAGCAUCCAGUGAGAUGUUUUCUAAUGUGGCCCAUUGGCACACGCCGAUAUUUGCAAUGACAGCUGAUGUGAUUCAAGCGAAUAAAGAGGAGUGCAUGAAGUUCGGUAUGGAUGAUUACGUGUCCAAGCCGUUUGAUCAAGAGCAGCUGUAUUCUGCAGUGGCACGAUUCUUUGAGUCUGGUUGACUGAGUGGGAAGGUGACUGUUACGGCAGCAGUUGUUCGUUUAUGAUCCCGUCAACUAUUUGCUCUGGCUUAUUUUUGAAUCAGAAAGCCAAACAGUUCGGGUUCAAAACUACUGACUACUCACAUGAUCUACCGCUAUGCCAGGCCAUGACAGACCCUUCCCAUCUGCAUCCUUUUCACCUUUCCUUGCAUGGAAUCCUAUAAUUUGGUCAUAUGAAGAUGCAUGGAUCGGGCUGGGAAGAAAUCGGCAACCCUUCCUCAAAGCAGGUAUACAUAUAAGGAAGGAUUUAUUCUUCGUCAUCUUGGGAUUUUUUAUGGAAAAUGUGUACGCAUCUAGGCAGGAAAAUUUGGAUUCAACAUAGCGUCAACCUCCGACAACCCGUCCCCCUAAUUUGGUUAUCUUGGACGUAAUUGGAGGUGUUUGUAUAGCUUUAGUUGUAUCUUUGUAGUUUGUAAUUUUGUAACUGUCACCUGGUGUAUUGUACCAUAGAGGUUGCAACAUAUUUUUUGGUGUUUUAGAAUUCUGAUGAAAGGAAUAAGUGUUUUAGCAGAA